CCUGAUGCCGGCCCACUGAAUCCCUCCGUAGAGGAUGAAACUCUCCGCGCUCAAAUUUUCCAGAGAUUACACCCUCGCGUUUAUCUUGAAAGGUUUAUCGCCGAGAAAAUCAGACCAAAUGGACGGACGUUUGAUGAAUGGCGCACCUGCUUACGCCAUGAUAUGCUCGCUGCAGGAUCGAUAUCAACGGCUGAUGGCUCUGCUCUUGUACGCAUGGGAGAUACUACGAUUGUUUGCGGCGUCAAGGCAGAAAUUGCAGAGCCCGAGCUCGAUCGUCCUGAACAAGGGUUUUUAGUACCCAACAUCGAUUUGCCCGCAAUCUGCUCUCCAAAAUUCAAACCAGGUCCUCCAACAGAAGAAGCCCAAGUCCUAUCUGAUAGACUGAACGAAGCUCUCGUCGCCUCGGGCGCGCUUUCAUUAUCUUCAUUGUGCAUUCACCCCGGAAAAGCUGUUUGGGCGCUUUAUGUGGACUGCACGUAUGAUGGCAAUGCGUUUGACGCUGCACUGCUUGCCAUGUUGGGCGCGCUUAGAAAUACUACGCUGCCUAAAGCCACCCACAACGAAGAAACUGGGCGCACGACGUGUGCGCGGAAAACUCGAUCGCCGGUACAAUUGACUCGAAAUUUUGCUUCGACGUCUUUUGGAGUGUUAGACACAUCGCACAUUCUCUCAGAUCUCACUGCAUUCGAAGAGCCUCUGAUGGACGUGACGCUGACGGUUAUCGUAGAUGACCGAGGGGAACUUAUCAGCAUUACUGAGUCGGGCGGCGCGAUCUCGGAAGAGACAUUGUUGUGGUGUAUCAAUAGAGCAAAAGAAAGAGCUUUGCAGCUCAGAGACUGA